GCCACGUCAUUCUAUGUUUAUAGAUUCCUGAUUUCCGAAUUUUUUCGAUUUUGCUUACUAAAAUUGUAUCUAAUUAAUGUAAUUUCGGUAGAUUAUUAUCGUUAAAUUAGCAAUUAAGAACCCCCUGUUUACAUUAAAUAGUAUUAGACAUAAUUUAUAAUGAACAUUUUUAGAUUAUCAGGUGAUCUUGCUCAUGUCCUGGCAAUUAUUAUACUACUUCUCAAAAUAUGGAAAACAAGGUCUUGUGCAGGUAUUUCGGGAAGAUCGCAAUUACUAUUCGCUAUGGUGUUUACGGCUAGAUACUUGGAUUUGUUUACGACGUUCAUUUCGGUGUACAAUAGUGCGAUGAAGAUAAUGUUCAUCGUAGCAUCUUACGGUACACUUUACCUGAUUUAUAUCAAAUUUAAAGUCACCUACGAUCGAAGUCACGAUACAUUCAGAGUGGAAUAUUUGCUAGUCCCAACAGCUCUGUUAGCUCUCGCGAUUAAUCAUGGAUUCACACCAAUCGAGAUAUUUUGGGCAUUCAGUAUUUAUUUAGAAGCCGUCGCCAUAUUACCGCAACUAUUCAUGAUUUCGAAAACCGGUGAAGCUGAAAGUAUCACUUCUCAUUACCUAUUCGCCUUAGGUUCCUACCGAGGUUUGUACAUCAUCAAUUGGAUCUACCGAUACUACACCGAAACCCAUUACGAUCUCAUUGCUAUCAUAGCUGGAGUUGUACAAACCGUAUUGUAUUGCGAUUUCUUCUAUUUAUACAUUACCAAAGUUUUGAAAGGCAAGCGACUGGCUCUUCCGGCUUGAAAGGAUAAGCAAUAAGGACACGGAUUUGAGAAUUUGUAUAAAUGUUUUACUUCGAACGCUGAAUUACUUUCAGAAUGUUUUACCAAGCAUUUAAUUGUUGUUGUGUUGUAGUUCUGUAUGAUAAUUUUAUCGUUAAUGUUUAAAAAAAAACGAAAGAAUAUUUUUAUGUCAUAGAUUUACCUACUUUAUUGUGUAAAUAUCUAAAGCAGUUCGUACGUUCUUUGAAAACGAACUGCUAAAUUUUCUAAACCAAAUCAUUAUCGAGUGAACGAGGUUUCGUACUUCGUUUACAUUCCAUUUGUACGCAGUGCUAUCGUUUUUUUCGAAAAAAAACUAAUCGCACAACUAUUGGCUGAUAAGAAACUUUCAAUUUUCUAUGAAAAAAAAAGUCUGUAUUAAUGAUAUGUUGAAUUAUCGGUUUACUUAGAAUUUCCGAUGUGAGUUUAUAUUGUUAACGGAUAACAUCAAACGAUGUAAUUGCCUUUGUGCGUUCUAUUUAUUAAUAUCUUUUCCUUCCUUGUGCUAAGUAUUUUCCGUAAAUUGUUUAAAAAGUAGACUGAAAAGUUUUUUUUUCUUCAUUGAGUUUCCAUUUAGUCUCGGUUACAUUUUUUAUUUAUUUAGAUUAACGUUGUAAUUCUAGCUAGCCUGUUAUAAUAACGUUACGUAGUUUCAAAAUGUAGUAUUGAGAUGAUGAAUUAUAAAAAUUUUUGAUCGUUAUUCUGAGUACACUGUACAUAUUUAUAGCAAUGAAAGUUUAAUAAUUAUGGUACGAAUGGAAUACCAGAGUUGAGUAAAUUUUUUUGAUUAAAAUUUCUUAAAUUGUCACAUUCGUACUUAAGAGAAUGUCGAGGUAAUUCAUUUUACUAGAGCAUUUGUUUUUAU